AUGGAACAAGAAGAAUAAAAAUAACAACAGUUGUCUAAUAGUACUGAAAAUUCAUAGAAUCAAUAGGAAUAAGUUUAAUUAGAACCUAUAGAAUAAAAAGGAAAUUAGUUAUAAAUAUCUAACUUAGAAGAGUAAUUAAGUGUGUCUGAUAAAAAGGACGAAAAUGAAUAAAUAAAUUAGGAAUAAAAGGUAGAAAUUUAAUCUUCUUAAUAGAAAGUUAAUUAAAUUAAUGAUUAGGAACAUACCAUAAAAACAGAUUCUUAAGAAGUAUAAAGUUUAAAAGAACCUAGUAAUGUUGAAGAAAUAAACGAACAAAAAGAAGUGAAAGACCUAUAGUUAUCAAGCAUUCCUAAAGAUAAUUUAGAUAAUAGCAACGAAAAAAAAUUAAUUGAAAAAGUCAUUUAAUAAGCAGAUAACUUAUAAUUAUAAGAUAAAUAAAAUUAUGUUUCUUAAGAAAGCAGUUUAAAGGAAAAUAAAAAUGAAAAUAAAUAAGAAAAAAGUAAUGAAUAGUAAGUAGAAUUGAAUAGUUAGUAGUAAUAGUAGUAGUAUUCUAAUAAUUAAGGAGGAGUAUUAGAUGAAUAGAAAGAAAAAGAAUAGAUUUAAUAAUAAAAUAAUAAUUAAAUAGAAGAGAGUAAAGAUAAUAAAGAUGUGAAAAAAAAAGUAAAUUAGUCAGAGCAAAAUGAAAAUGCUUAAGUUUCAGGUUCUUAAAUAGCGCCAUAAGAAAAUAAAGAAGUCUUAACAGAAUAAGAAGAAAAGGAUAUUCUUAUAUAAGAAAUCUUAUUGUUAUAAGAAUAAUUUUAAAAUUUAUCAAAUCAGAGCUAAAGCUAUGAAUAGAAAAAUAAAAAUUUAUUUGAAGAAAUAAAUAUCUAUAUCCAGAAUAUAGAUAGCUUGACGUCUUAGCUAAAUAACAUAGAUCCCUUUAUUUUGUCUAUUUAUAAUAAAAAACUACAAUCAUUCAAAGAAUAAAAUAAUUGA